AUGGCGGAAACCGAAAAGCUAGAGAGGGUCAUGCACCAUCUUCUCCAACACCGCAGCCCCAGCAAGACGCAGCUCGAUAACUUCGGAAAACACAUGCAAUGGAUCAAAGACGUCGGCUCCAGCCACCAUCUGAAGCCAACAGCCGCCAAGUCGCGCAGGAAGCUACGCUCGCUCCUUGGAGACGUCUACCAUGGAGUCGGGAUCGAGCCGUUCAUGCUGUGCGCCCUCUCCAUGCCGCCAUUUGCCCUCUACACCCUGGACCGUCAUGUGUUCUUGUCGCGCGUGCGCGAGUGGUGGAACCAGAGGAGCCCGCAUCCGCUUUGCCUGACACAGAUUGCGGAUGCCCUCUGCAAAACGGACAGUCUCGAGGCCCUCUUGGGCCCGAAGCCACCCCACCUUGCACUAGCCGACGCCAUUGCCUCAGCUGACAACAGCACUCUACCGCUGCAUGUCCCGGCUCCCGCUUUGCCUGACCUUGAACCUGACCGCGAUCCCGCGAGACAGAGGCACGAGUAUGAGCUAACGUCACUGGCUCAAGAAAUGCAUCGCUGUCUUCAGACUUUAAGUGAUGAUGGCUUGAAGGAAACCAGAUGGGAGGAGAUGUUACAGUUUGGUAUGCAUCAAAUCACCAAUCGUACCUGGGCCAAAGAAUACCACAUACCGCCUGACAUGGCCGACUACCAUCUCCCCUCGGCCGACUCAGCAGACGUUCUUCUCGCCACCAUGGAUGGGCUCCGACAGAUGGUUGCGGGCAGUAGGCUACUCAUCAAGCCGGUACUCGUACGUGGAAACCCAGACGAGCUGUCCUACUACGAAUCAUUCCAGUCCGAAUUCAUAGAGCGCCUGGGGGACUACUCCUGCGGUGGAGGCUUUCUCGACGUGCAAGACCCAACCUUGCCGGUCUGGCAACCCUCGGCCCGCCAGAUGAGGUUCGAAGACGUGGCCGACAUGCUCCGUGCCGGCUCCAGCGGGAAGCUCGACAACGCAAGACCGCCCUUGAAUCUACUCAACCUCCGCGACUUCCUGGAGCUGCCUCUACCGCAGUUCCUUCGCGCCUCGCGAUUCUGGCUCCUCCGGACCCUGGACCACCUCGUCGAGUCGGCCACAGCGCCCGAGUGCUCCCACAUGGGGAAAAGAGCCGUCGCUCGGUCUUCUGACCUCGCCUCCUGCUCCCGCUUCCUUCUCUACGCCGCCCGCGGAGCCGCCUCGGGGCCUCACGUCGACCUUUUGACCGGCACCUGGGUCCAAGUCCUGUCGGGGCUGAAGUUGUGGCCCAUAGUCACCGGCCUAAGCGACGAGGAGAGGCGUGAGUUCGAGAAGAAUGGUUCCGAUUGGGUUCCCCCUUCCGAGAAGACACGCGUCGUUCUUCUAGAGCCAGGCGAUUUGCUCGUAAUGCCUCCCGGGUGCCCGACGCCCCACGCGCCAAUAACAGUACGGGAUUGCCUGAUGCAUGGCGGCAUGUUCUGGGACGAAAAGAGCGUAGUGGACACGAUGGAGAGCAUAAGCUGGAUCGUGCAAAACCCAAACGUCACCAAUGAGCCUAUUCCGCGGCAGCUGCCCGAAAUCUUACUCGGGCUUGAGCGCAUGAUGAGAGCGAAGCCCGAGCGUUUCGUGGGCGAAGGCGCCGAGACGAGCGAGGAGCUUCUACAACGAUUCGAGGCCGCGGUGCGCUCCAUGAGGGGGAACCACCUGGGCUGUGACUGCACAGGAAAAUGCGCCAGGAACACAUGCCCCUGCAGAAAUUCCGGGUUUCCGUGCUUCAAGUAUUGGUGUCACAGGUGCAAUGCGUGUUCGAACUCGAUCGCAUGGGAGACAAGCAGCUGA